AUGUCCACGAACUCCGUAUUAUUUUAUUCUAAUUACCGUCUUGUAAAUUGUCGCUCGUGAAAUGAUUGCUAUACGCUCGGCUUUAGGUGCCUUGGUGAUGUUUCUGUUGCCUUCUGCGAGUCCUUUGUAGUAAAGUACUAACCCUAGAUACACCAAAAUGAAAAUGCCUGCUUUUGAAUGCAUUGCAGCCCCCUCAUACGUUUUUGUCUGUGUUCCAGUCAUUUCUCAAUGGAGACGAAAACGCCGGUCAGAAGAUACGAAACACGAAGGAGCUCGAGGCUAAAAGAACCAGAAGCCAAAACACGGGUCGAUUGGAGACGGACGAAAAGAAACGUUAUAGUGUUUAAUAGCGAUGAUGACAAUGAUGAAGAGCUGUCGUCUCCGGAAGAUGAGCUUUCGUCCUCAUUGGAAGAUGAAAAAAAUGAAACCGUAGUUCAAAAGAGUAGCUUUGCAGAUCAUGAGAAGAAAACUCUUGACACAGUUAUUGUGGAGGAUGCCGAGGAUGAACCCAUUGCUUCAGGAAAGCGCAAGCGGUUAAGCGCGUCGGUAAUGUAUGACAGUGAUGGGAGUGAUGACAGUGAUAUCCCUGUUAGAAAAGUGUUUGCUAAGCGCAACUGCAUAAUGGAUGAAGAGACGAGCUCUCAAGAGCAGCAGCACCCCUGUAGCACCCUUACGGCAGAAGAGAAUUUGCCUAGUAAGGACCAGAAAGUGCUAACAGAAUCGAAACACGUGCCAAGACCAAAUGCCAUCCAGACAUCUGAUGACAGGGAAUACUGUGAGGAGUCUAGUGAUGAAACGGAAAUAGAGGAGUCAUUCUAUAAGUUACCCCUCACACCAACAGAAAGCAGUGAUGAUGACGAGAGUAUGAAAGACUUUAUAGUUGAUGAUGAUGAUGAAGAGGAAUUUACAGAAGAUGAUGAAAAUCUGAACCUGCUGCCAGAGAGAGCACUUGCUCCAUUAAAAGGCCACUUAGUGGAGUAUUACAUACCACACCUCUCCCGCUGCGACCAUUAUGUGCAUUUCCAAAGAGUAGUAAAGGCAUUUCUCAUCAACGCAAUUGAUGACACAUUUUUGUGCUCAUUGUAUGAUGGAACAAGACAAAAGAGGUAUGCACGAGAUAUGUUAACUUCCCUUCAUUAUUUGGACGACCGCUUUAUUCAACCUCGUCUUGAAAACCUGACUUCUAGAAGCCGCUGGAAAGAACGAUAUAAGGAACGAGUGGAUAGUUAUCCUAACGUCCGUAUAAUCAUGACGUAUCCAGUAAAUAUGUCUUGUCAGGCUUGUGAAAUGCAUCGGUACUGUAAGUUUGACGUGUUGCUAUCAGGAAAGCUGUACAGCAAUAAGACUUUGGAAACGGAUGACUUCAUGUCACAUGACAAACAGGUUUUGAAGGUUGGUGUGGUGUGUGCUAAUCGUACACGGGUUUAUCAUAAACUCAAACACUUUAAAUACAAGUUGUAUCUACUCUGCUGUUCUAAAACAGAGCUGGAGGAUGUUGAGGAUGAAUCAGUCAAAGAUACAGUGGAAAGGCUUUUCAAUCAGUUGAAAGAAAGUGGCUGGAUUCAAAAGGAAUAUAACAAAUUUGAAAGCUAUAUGGAUGCUGCAGACUUAUUCCAAGAGGAGAAAAUAGACUGAGGAUCCAUGCAUCUCAUUUUGAAAGAGGCUUUGUAAAUGGCCAUGAGCAUGAAAUAUCUCCAUGUGAUCUUCAAGAGUUUUCUCUGUAGUUUUAUAUUUUAAAUGUAGCUGUUCCAGUAAAUUGCUGAAGAUAUAAAGGAAUUUGCUACAUUUUCUUCUUAUCUCUAAUUCUCGAUGUUGACUUGCAUAACAUUUUGCAAACUCAGUCACACUCUGUGCAUAGGUUGCAUGAACUUCCUUUUGUACUUGCAACCCAUCUGAAGAACCUAUGCCCUUGUGAAAGAAAACAUUUCUGCAUUACUGCAUUGUAGAGUCCGUUGCAGUGCUGUGCAUGAGAGAGAGACUUUCUGGAGAAGUACAUAUUUAUCUCUGAAUAAUUGAGAUCAUAUCUUCUUAUCACAUUUCUGUAUAUUUGUGUUAUGAGCAUUGAGUCAUUAAUGUGGUUACAAUGAGAGAAACAGAGGAAAGAGUGCUUUUGCCUCUGUAUUAAACAGAUGAGGUGGGAGUAUGUGUGUGGUGGUUAAAGGUGAGUGAAUAAUUCCUCAAGGCUUAUCCAGUAACAGAAAUCUGAGAGUGCUGACUUUGGUAGAAGUAUGUACAAAGGCUACUGUCUCAUGCCUACUAGCUCUCUAGGCUUCAUGAAACCCAGCUGCAAUUCUUCUUUUUGCCUCUUCCAGGAACUGGGAAAGGCUGAGUGGCCUGUAGUGCUUGGCCCAUUUGAAGUAUAUUUAAUGAAUCAGACUCUGGAAUUUUGGGAGUGAAGAGUAUGGGUGUGCAAGAGAAGGCUCAAAGUUGCUCUUCUAUUUGAAUCUGGAUUGAAAGAACCAUUUUGAAUGGUCUGUCUAUUGUACUAUACUUAUGCAUGCCUAUCACCUGGGAAAAUUAGUGACCUAAUGGCUGAUGAGGUUAAUCAUGCUCUAUUAUACCAGUAACAUAAUUCCUCACCAGAAAAUUAAAGAAAUGAAGCCAACACAUUAAAAGGUAAUGGGGUUCUAGUCAGGGAUACCAACUUCUUCUCCAUGUACCUGAAUUCUCAAUUAUAUAAAAUCCUUUUGUAUAAGUUAUCAGUGUAAAACGUGUAUCUUCUCUUAUCUGUACAUUACAGUGACUUUCCCAGAGAACCUGUGGCAAGCACCUAGAUUCCAGGCACUCCACACUGUCACAACAUCUGAUCCCAUGUCCUGCUUGGCAAAUCUGAAAGUUAACUUUUUUUUUUAGUUUCAUUUUUCACUGUUCUCAGGGUCCAUAAAAAUCAAUGGAAGGACACUUACUAAUUUGAUUUGGCUGUUCUGGAUCAGGCCUACUGGAUUUGGCCUUGAGCAUGUCACCUUUGAGAGAGACCAAACCCAUUUCUUCUACUCUGAGAGCAACACCUGUGAACCAUGCUACACUUUCAUUUUUUUGAGAUAAAAUGGCAGCAUUUUUUAUAGUGUAGAAAAGAGUUUGUCACACUCUUUGACAAAUGGCUUUGAAACAAAUGGGCGGGGGUUGUCCCAUAAUGAAGGCUAUCUAGUACCCAUACUCAUUUAAGCUUUGUAUACAAGUGGGGCAUUUUCAGGAAAAAUGAAUAUGCUUUGCACUUUUUACCUUUUUUAAUUGCACAAAAAUGUGUAUUUAAUGCAGAAUGAGUGAACUUUCCUCUUUUAGGUAUAUGUCUGCUAUUGGAUAAAAAUUACAUAAUGGCUGUAAUGAUUGCUUUGAACCCAUUUUUGUAUAUAUGUAUAUUUUUCUCCCACAAACUAAAAGGGAAUAACUUUAAAAAGUGUGUUUCCUUUGUGCAAUUUGCAAUUGAGGAAGACUGUCCUAUAGAAGCAAAA